UCUCUACCGGUAAUAUUACCUAAGGUACUUAAGUACCUAGUUCUGGACUUCAAAUAGAUGGGUUGGAGACUUGGUCGAUUUACCAUCCCGUCCCGUACCAUACCGCCGUACCUGUGGUAGAGAAACCCUUAACUCCGGCUAACUCCCGAACCGAGCCGACAUGACUGAACGCUCGGAAGUUCGACAUAUCCACCUCCUUGUCAUCACCCACCAUAUAUUUCGUAAGAAUUAACAGAAGAUCUUGAAUAGGGAAUGCCUGGCCUUGUACAUACGAUAUUGCGCCAUUGGUUUUUUGGAAACCCCCUCCCUUUUUGAGGUAGUCUCAAAGAUGACGAUACCGAUCCCGCGCCUCCUCUCCCUCCUCCUCGACCUUCACUCCCAGCCCCAUGAACAUGUCGACAAUCCCCCGACCACCCAAAAGCGAGCCUCCGUCGCUAUUAUCCUCCGCAUACGUCCGACCUACUCCCACCCACCCCCCUCAUCAUCCAGUAUCCCUUCCCCCGGUUCCCCCGACGCCGAAUCCAACCCAUCGGCCGCAACCGCUCGAGACCGCCUCUCCAACUUCUUCGCGCAAGAUUGGGUCCGCCACGGAUGCCCGGAGGUCCUCUUCAUCAAGCGCACGUCGCGAAAGGGUGAUCCCUGGGGAGGUCACAUCGCGCUGCCGGGGGGGCGACGCGAUCCUGAGGAUGCCGACGACCUCGCGGCUGCAAUCCGGGAAACGGAAGAAGAGGUGGGGUUGACAUUGGUUCCCUGGAGGGAGGGCGAACAGGGCGGCCGAGGAGGUGCGAACUGUAUCACGGUUGGCGGGUUGUCUCAACGGGUGAUCACGAGCGAUUGGGGAAAGCGAGCCCUCAUGGUCCUGUGCCCCUACAUAUUCCUACUCACGACGCCUGAAACCCCAUCCCUUCGACUUCAGCCCACUGAAGUCCAUUCGACGCAUUGGGUGUCGCUGGAAAAUCUAGCCGACCCGCAGAACCGGACUGUCUGGCGACAGGACGCCUCCGCCCAGUAUCUCGGUCGUUCAACGUAUUUGCGAAUCGCGGCACAUUCUCUGCUCGGCGAUAUGCUCUUUGCUGCCAUCCGACUCGUGCCGUCCGAGAGCGUUUGGUGUCCUGACAGCCAUGCGCUGUAUCCCCCCACCCUCACUUCCUCAUCGCUGUUAAGCAAGAUCCACCUCCCCGGUCUAGAUCGGGACCCUCCGCCCUCGCCAACGAAUACGCCGCUACUUCUCUGGGGACUCACGCUUGGCAUCGUUGCCGACAUGCUCGAUCUACAACCCUUACCCUCCGAACCGACCAGCCAGCAAGAGUCUCAACCCCUCCGCUUCUUCGUCUGGCCGACCUUCUCCGCCCCUGACAUCCGCCUCGCCAUCUUUCUGAUCUCCUAUCGGUUCCGCGCCGCGAGGAAGGAAACCGUGGAAGGACGCGUUGGGUCGGGAGUGGACGACUCCACGAAUUCUCGACGUCGAGGGGUGGAGGGGGUUGUCGAUGCGGACACUACGGCGGUGAAGGGUGGGUUGGGGGACAGGAGUGAUAUCUGGCUCGGCGAGCUGCCGAACCGAUACAAGGCGGGCAAUCGGUCCAUGAUGUUUAUGGACAUGAUGGCGGGUUACCAUCAUUUCCUGCGUUCCGGCGUCUAUAUCGCGCUGACUGGGAGGGUCGCGCUAGCAAUCGUGCUUUCGGUCUUCUUUUACAAGCGUACAAAGCGGCUCAGUGGGUAAGGAGCAUCAGUGAUGAACAUAUGAUGCCCUAAGGAUGUCUGGAUGCGAAUUCGAUAAAUACAUGUAUGUAGUA